GGAGGUAAGAAGGGGAUUGCCGCUGAGGACAAAUUCAGCUGUCAGAGACGUGGUGUUCUCACUGGAGUGUCAGCCGGCUAUCAUGGAAUUAAACGAGGACAGCGCAGUAGAAAUUCACGUUUGCUGAUCCUCCCUGAAUCUCUUCUAUUUUCGUCGCAUUCUUCCUUUUGUGAAGGCACGGUACUGGGUGAGGCAACAUGUCGGACAAGAUGUCCAGUUUCCUCCACAUAGGCGACAUCUGCUCCCUCUAUGCGGAGGGCUCCACCAGUGGAUUUAUCAGCACUUUAGGGCUUGUGGAUGACCGCUGUGUGGUACAGCCAGACACAGGCGACCUUAACAACCCACCCAAGAAAUUUCGAGACUGCCUUUUCAAGCUGUGCCCCAUGAACAGGUACUCUGCACAGAAACAGUUCUGGAAGGCAGCAAAACCAGGGGGAAACAGCACCACUGACACAGUACUACUGAACAAACUCCACCAUGCUGCUGAUCUGGAGAAGAAACAGAAUGAAUCUGAGAACCGAAAGCUGCUAGGAACUGUAAUCCAAUACGGAAAUGUAAUUCAGCUGUUGCACUUGAAAAGUAAUAAGUACCUGACGGUGAAUAAGCGACUCCCUGCCCUGUUGGAGAAGAAUGCUAUGAGGGUGACGCUGGACUCUGCAGGCAACGAGGGCUCCUGGUUUUACAUUCAGCCCUUCUACAAACUGCGCUCCCUGGGAGACAGUGUGGUGAUUGGAGACAAGGUGGUCCUUAACCCUGUGAACGCUGGACAGCCCCUUCAUGCCAGCAGCCAUCAGCUGGUCGACAACCCAGGAUGCAAUGAGGUGAACUCUGUAAACUGCAACACAAGUUGGAAAGUAGUUUUGUUCAUGAAAUGGAGUGACAACAAGGAGACUAUUCUUAAAGGGGGGGAUGUUGUUCGGCUGUUCCAUGCAGAGCAGGAGAAGUUCCUGACAUGUGACGACUUCAAGAAGAAGGAGUACGUCUUUCUCAGGACUACAGGACGCCAGUCCGCCACCUCCGCCACUAGCAGCAAGGCAUUGUGGGAAGUGGAGGUGGUCCACCAUGACCCUUGUCGGGGCGGAGCUGGCUACUGGAACAGCCUGUUCCGGUUCAAACACCUUGCAACAGGAUCAUACCUGGCUGCUGAGGUGAACCCCGACUAUAAGGAAGAAUGUCCUGAGCCCAGAUCCUCAGUGGUGGAUUCUGUUCCCUUUAACUUCCAGUUGGACUCGGAUCAUGAGGCCCUGAGAGCGCGUUUGCGAACCCCCCAGGAAAGGGUCAUGUACCAACUGGUGUCUGUUCCUGAUGGCAUGGACAUCUCCUCCAUCUUUGAGCUGGACCCUACCACCCUGAGAGGUGGGGACUCCCUAGUGCCCAGGAACUCUUUUGUGAGGCUCAGGCACCUCUGCACCAACACAUGGGUCCACAGCACCAACAACCCCAUUGACAAGGAGGAGGAGAAGCCUGUCAUGUUACGGAUUGGCACAUCAGCGGUUAAAGAAGACAAAGAGGCCUUUGCCAUAGUGCCUGUCCCCCCAGCGGAAGUCAGAGACUUAGACUUGGCCAACGAUGCCAGUAAAGUGUUGGCAUCCAUUGCUGGGAAACUGGAGAAGGGCACUAUAACACAGAAUGAGAGGAGGUUUGUCACUAAGCUUCUGGAGGACCUAGUCUUCUUCGUGUGUGACAUCCCCAACACUGGCCAGGACGUGCUGGAGAUCAUGGUCAACAAGCCCAACAGAGAGAGACAGAAACUCAUGAGGGAGCAGAACAUCCUCAAACAGAUUUUCAAACUUCUCCAAGCCCCAUUCACGGACAGUGGGGAUGGUCCUAUGCUGCGAUUGGAAGAGCUUGGUGACCAGCGACACGCCCCCUUCAGGCACAUCUGCAGGCUCUGUUACCGGGUAUUACGACACUCCCAACAAGACUACAGGAAGAACCAGGAGUACAUAGCUAAGCAGUUCCGCUUCAUGCAGAAGCAGAUAGGCUACGACGUUCUGGCUGAGGACACGAUAACUGCCCUGCUCCACAACAACCGCAAGCUGCUGGAAAAACACAUCACGGCCGCAGAGAUCGACACCUUUGUCACCCUGGUCAGGAAGAACCGGGAGCCCAGGUUUCUGGACUACCUGUCUGAUCUGUGUGUGUCCAUGAACAAGUCAAUACCAGUUACUCAGGAGCUCAUCUGUAACGCCGUGCUGGACCCAUCCAACGCAGACAUCCUCAUCGAGACUAAGCUAGUUCUGUCGCGCUUUGAGAUUGAGGCUGUAACAAUGGGGGAGAAUCCCAUAGAGACGGAGGAGGACGAGGAGGAGGUGUGGCUCUUCUGGAGGGACAACUGCAAGGAGAUCAGGAGCAAGAGUGUCAGAGAGUUGGCCCAGGACGCCAAGGAGGGCCAGAAGGAGGACCAGGAGGUGGUCAGCUACUACAGGUACCAGCUGAAUCUGUUUGCGCGGAUGUGUCUGGACCGGCAGUACCUGGCCAUCAAUAAGAUCUCUGGCCAGCUAGACGUGGACCUGAUCCUGCGCUGCAUGUCUGACGAGGACCUGCCCUAUGACCUUAGGGCAUCCUUCUGCCGCAUGAUGCUGCACAUGCACGUGGACCGCGACCCCCAGGAACAGGUCACGCCAGUCAAGUACGCACGCCUCUGGUCCGAGAUCCCCUCCAAGAUCGCCAUUGACAACUACGACAAUGAUGGGACCACCAGAGAUGAGAUCAAGGAAAGGUUCUGCCUGACCAUGGAGUUUGUGGAGAACUACCUGAUGUCUGUGGUGUCUCAGAACAUCCCUUUCGACGACAGAGAGAAAAACAAGCUCACCUUCGAGGUAGUGAACCUGGCAAGGAACCUCAUUUACUUUGGCUUCUAUAACUUCAGUGACCUGCUGCGACUGACUAAGAUCUUAUUGAACAUCUUGGAUUGUGUUCAUGUCAGCACCAUUUACCCCAUUACCAAGCUGGAGAAGGGAGAGGAAAAACAAGGCAGUAAUGUGAUGAAGUCUAUCCAUGGGGUGGGGGAGCUAAUGACCCAGGUGGUCCUUCGAGGGGGGGGCUUCCUCCCCAUCACCCCCACCCACCAGCCGGAGGAGGGUGUGGUCAAGACCCAAACAGAGCCGGAGAGGGAGGACAUCAUGGUGAUGGACACCAAGCUCAAGAUCAUCGAGAUCCUGCAGUUCAUUCUGAAUGUGCGGCUGGACUACAGGAUCUCCUGCCUGCUCUGCAUCUUCAAGCGAGAGUUUGAUGAGAGUAACCCUCAGGGUGAUAAUACAUCGUCUAGUGCUAGUCAAGAUGGAAAUAAUAUGACAGGGGCUCUAGAUUUUGAGAACAUAGAAGAGCAGGCAGAGGCAAUCUUUGGAGGAAGUGAGGAGAACACCCCUCUGGACCUGGAUGACCAUGGAGGGAGGACCUUCCUGAGGGUGCUACUGCACCUCACCAUGCAUGACUAUCCUCCCCUGGUGUCUGGGGCCCUCCAGCUGCUCUUCAGACACUUCAGCCAGAGACAGGAAGUCCUCAUGGCUUUCAAACAGGUCCAGCUCUUGGUGACCAGUCAAGAUGUGGACAACUACAAACAGAUCAAGUCCGACUUGGACCAGCUGCGCUCCAUCGUGGAGAAGUCGGAGCUGUGGGUGUACAAGAGGCAGGGGGACGAUGACGGAGGGGACGGACCCUCAGAGUCCGACCAUAAAAAGAAGGGGGAUUCAGGCAGCUCUGACAAAAAGAAGGAGGAAAGCAACAGCAGUUACAACUACAGGGUUAUGAAGGAGAUCCUGCUGCGGCUCAGUAAGCUGUGUGUCCAGGAGGGAGCAUCGGGGAAGAAGAGUAAGAAGCAGCAACAGAGACUAUUGAGGAACAUGGGGGCCCACAGUGUGGUGCUGGAGCUACUGCAGAUCCCCUAUGAGAAGGGCGAGGACGUCCGUAUGCAGGAGAUCAUGAAGCUGGCUCAUGAGUUCCUCCAGAACUUCUGUGCAGGGAACCAGCAGAACCAGAUCCUGCUGCAUAAGCACAUCAACCUAUUCCUCAACCCAGGGAUUCUGGAGGCAGUCACCAUGCAGCACGUUUUCAUGAAUAACUUCCAGCUGUGCAGUGAGAUCAACGAGCGCGUGGUGCAGCACUUUAUCCACUGCACCGAGACGCAUGGCCGCCAUGUCCAGUACCUCAAAUUCCUUCAAACCAUUGUCAAAGCCGAAAACAAAUUCAUCAAGAAGUGUCAGGACACCGUCAUGGCUGAGCUGGUGAACUCGGGCGAGGACGUCCUGGUGUUCUACAACGACCGUGCAUCCUUCCAGACCCUGGUCACGAUGAUGAGGUCGGAGCGGGAUCGUAUGGAUGAGAACAGCGCUCUGAGGUACCACAUCCACCUGGUCGAGCUGCUGGCUGUCUGCACCGAGGGAAAAAACGUCUACACUGAGAUCAAGUGUAACUCUCUGCUGCCUUUGGAUGACAUAGUGAGGGUGGUCACCCAUGAGGACUGCAUCCCUGAGGUGAAGAUAGCCUACAUCAACUUCCUGAACCACUGCUACGUGGACACAGAGGUGGAGAUGAAGGAGAUCUACACCAGCAACCACAUGUGGAAGCUCUUUGAGAACUUCCUGGUGGACAUAUGCAGGGUGUGCAACAACACCAGUGACAGGAAGCAUGCAGACACGGUUCUGGAGGGUUACGUGACAGAGACCGUCAUGAGCAUCGUCACCACCUUCUUCAGCUCGCCCUUCUCUGACCAGAGCACCAGUCUGCAGCUGGCACGUCAGGUGUAUGCAAGCAUUCUGGGAAAGAUAACUGAGACUCGUCAGCCGGUGUUUGUACAGCUCCUACAGGGGGUGUUCAGGGUAUACCACUGCAACUGGCUCAACCCCACUCAGAAGGCCUCCGUUGAGGCCUGUAUCAAGGUGCUCUCUGACGUGGCCAAGAGCAGAGCCAUCGCGAUCCCAGUGGACCUGGACAGCCAGGUGAACAACCUGUUUGUCAAGUCCAACAACGUGGUCACCAAGUCCAUCUUGAGCUGGAGACUCUCCGCCAAGAACGCCCCCAGGAGGGACUCCAACGCCACUGCGUCCGUUAGCUACAGGAACAUCAUAGAAAGGCUGCAGGACAUAGUGUCGGCUCUAGAGGACCGUCUGCGUCCUUUGGUCCAGGCUGAGCUAUCUGUACUGGUGGAUGUGCUGCAUCGCCCAGAGCUACUCUUUCCUGAGAACACAGAUGCCCGCAGGAAGUGUGAAAGCGGUGGCUUCAUUUCCAAGCUGAUCAAACACACCAAGCAGCUACUGGAGGAGAACGAGGAGCGGCUGUGUAUCAAGGUGCUGCAGACUCUGAGGGAGAUGAUGACCAAAGACCGUGGCUAUGGGGAGAAGCACAUUGCCUUUGAUGAUGAGAUGGAUGUGGCUGAGCUGGCCCCUCUGCCGGCUGAACCUGAAGUCCCUGCUGCAGAUGAGCUUGAUCCCAACCAGCCCCAGAAGCAACUGGAGGACCAGAGAAGGGGUGAAGCUCUGAGGCAGAUUCUGGUGAAUCGUUACUAUGGGAACAUCAAACCUGGGGCCAGAAGAGACAGUGUGACGACGUUCAGCAAUGGUCCUGUCCCCCCUGGAACAGAAGGGAAACCUCGAGCAGUGGUGAGUUCAGGGGCGGCCGCGGCCCAAGGGGAGCUGACCCUGCAUGAGGUCCAGUGCCGCCUGGAUAAAGAGGGAGCAUCCGACCUGGUAAUUGACCUCAUCAUGAACGCCACCAGCGAUCGUAUCUUCCAGGAGAGCAUCCUAUUAGCCAUCGCCCUGCUGGAGGGCGGUAACACGGUCAUCCAGAAAUCCUUCUUCAUGCGCCUGACGGGAGAAAACAAGUCGGAGAUGUUCUUCAAGGUGUUCUAUGAGAGGAUGAAGCUGGCCCAGCAGGAGAUCAAGGCCACUGUGACCGUCAACACCAGCGAUCUGGGCAGCAAAAAGAAAGAAGAGGAGCCCCCGGACAAGGACACGCCCACCGCUAAAGGAAAGAAAGGGAUGGAGGUGGCAGUGGUGUCUACGGUGGCGGUUGCCGUGGUGACAGAGGAGGUCAAGGAGCAACUGGUGGAGGCUUCCACAGUCACUAAGAAGGCGUUCACAAGGUACCGGCGUGAGGCCGAGGCCGAGGAGCAUCUGGCUGCCGCUGAGGGUCAGGGCCCCACCAGCACUCCUGAUGACCAGGAAGGGGAGAUGAGUGUCAUUAUCACCAUCAUGCAGCCCAUCCUGCGACUCAUGCAGCUGCUGUGUGAGAACCACAACAGGGAGCUGCAGAACUUCCUACGGUGUCAGAACAACAAGAACAACUAUAAUCUGGUGUGUGAGACACUGCAGUUCCUGGACUGUAUCUGUGGCAGCACCACGGGAGGCCUGGGGCUACUGGGACUCUACAUCAAUGAGAAGAACGUAGGCCUCAUCAACCAGACAGUAGAGAGCCUCACAGAGUACUGCCAGGGACCCUGCCAUGAGAACCAGAACUGCAUCGCCACUCAUGAAUGCAACGGUAUCGACAUCAUCAUCGCUCUGAUCCUCAACGACAUCAACCCCCUGGGCAAGAAGAGGAUGGACCUGGUGCUGGAGCUUAAGAAUAAUGCAUCCAAGCUCCUCUUGGCCAUCAUGGAGAGUCGCCACGACAGUGAGAACGCAGAGAGGAUACUAUACAACAUGAGGCCCAAAGAACUGGUGGAGGUGAUAAAAAAGGCCUACAUGCAGGGGGAGGUGGAGCCAAAUGAGCCUGCUGAGGAAGAUGAAGAUGGCGAGGAAGAGCAUGCAGCCUCUCCACAAAACGUGGGACAUAACAUCUACAUCCUGGCUCAUCAGUUGGCCCGCCACAACAAGGAGCUGCAGGCCUUGUUGAAGACCUAUGGGGAGGGGGAUGAAGCUCUGGAAUUCUAUGCCAAGCACACAGCUCAGAUUGAGAUUGUGCGGCUGGAUCGCACCAUGGAGCAGAUAGUCUUCCCCGUGCCCAACAUCUGUGAGUUCCUCACCAACGAGUCCAAGCUGCGGGUGUACUAUACCACGGAGCGCGAUGAGCAGGGCAGCAAGAUCAACGACUUCUUCCUGCGCUCUGAGGACCUCUUCAACGAGAUGAACUGGCAGAAGAAGCUGCGAGCCCAGCCCAUUCUAUACUGGUGCUCUCGUAACAUGUCCUUCUGGAGCAGCAUCUCCUUCAACCUGGCCGUGCUCAUGAACCUGCUGGUGGCCUUCUUCUACCCUCUGGAAGGAAUCCGCGGAGGUACCCUGGAUGGUCAUCUGUCAGCUCUGCUGUGGAUCGCCAUGCUGGUUUCCCUGGCCAUUGUCAUCAUUCUGCCCCAGCCCCACGGCGUCCGGGUCCUCAUCGCCUCAACCAUCCUCCGCCUCAUCUUCUCUGUGGGCCUGGAGCCAACCCUCUUCCUCCUAGGGGCCUUCAACGUGGGCAAUAAGAUGAUCUUCUUGAUGAGUUUCGUGGGGAACAGAGGGACGUUCACGCGGGGCUACAAGGCCAUGAUCAUGGAUGUCGAGUUCCUCUACCACCUCCUCUACCUGAUCAUCUGUAGUCUGGGCGUCUUCGUCCAUGUCUUCUUCUACAGUCUGCUGCUCUUUGACCUGGUGUACAGGGAGGAGACGCUGCUGAAUGUGAUCAAGAGUGUAACCCGUAAUGGCCGCUCCAUCCUGCUAACAGCCGUGCUGGCUCUCAUCCUGGUCUACCUCUUCUCCAUCGUGGGCUACAUCUUCUUCCAGGAUGACUUUCUCCUUAACAUUGACAGGAUACCUAAUAAAACACUUGAGAGUGGAGCCAGUAUGGUGGGAGAGUUCCUAUCAGCAGAAGUGUGUCGGAAGGACAGUGGGGAGAACUGCUCCACAGAAGCUGUUGUGGAUGCUGCCAUAGCCACCCAGCCGUCGGCAGUAGUGAUCGAGGACAAGGAGCGGUCAUGUGACUCUCUACUCAUGUGUAUUGUCACUGUCUUGAGUCACGGCCUGAGGAGUGGAGGUGGUGUGGGGGACGUCCUCCGGAAGCCAUCCAAAGAGGAGCCUCUGUUUGCUGGCAGGGUGAUCUAUGACCUGCUCUUCUUCUUCCUGGUCAUCAUCAUCGUCCUCAACCUCAUCUUCGGAGUCAUCAUCGACACCUUUGCCGACCUCAGGAGUGAAAAGCAAAAAAAAGAGGAAGUCCUGAAGACGACGUGCUUUAUCUGCGGCCUGGAAAGGGACAAGUUUGACAACAAGACAGUGACAUUUGAAGAGCACAUCAAGGUGGAGCACAACAUGUGGCACUACCUGUUCUUCAUAGUGCUGGUGAAAGUGAAGGACUCCACAGAGUACACAGGACCAGAGAGCUACGUCGCUGAGAUGAUCAGGGAGCACAACCUUGACUGGUUUCCACGGAUGCGGGCCAUGUCUCUGGUCUGUAGCGAUGCGGACGGGGAGCAAAAUGAAAUCAGGAGCCUACAGGAGAAACUGGAGUCUACCAUGAAGCUAGUCUCCAACCUCUCUGGACAACUGACUGAGCUCAAGGAGCAGAUGACAGAGCAAAGGAAGCAGAAACAGAGAAUUGGACUGUUGGGCCAUCCUCAGCAUCCUCAACACGCCAACCCCCAGCAACCUGCGUGAGGCUGAGGAUGCCCCCAACCUAGCCACAAGAUCCAGGAAGACCCACUUCUACUCCUGCUUUGUGUUUGCAUAGAGAACAGAGUGCAGAAUCUUCACUUAGUGGUCACUCCCGCCUUCAUACCGUAGCUACCGAGUGUGAGUGCGAAGCGUAACAGUAGGCAACACACUGACAUAGCUAGUCAUAUAAUUGUGAUAUGUAGGUUAGCCCACAAAGGUAUAACUCAAACAAGAACACUCACCAGACCCAGACACCCCAUCUUUUUCCCAGGCCAUUUGGGAUUGGUGCCAAAUGUUUUCUAUGUAGAAACGAAAGUGAAUUCUCAUUAUAUGGCCUUUACUGUGUGAACUUGAAAUACAGCAGCGCUGUACCGGACACAGGAAUAGGGAGUCCAACAUGAAGAUGACACUGAGAGACAUGGAAAGAAACAUCUUUUUGUAUAUACUACUGGUAUAGCAAGCAGUAUUUAAUGUCUUAUUUUUGUAUUUUGUGCAAUAUCACUACUUAAAUAUGCAACCACCUCCUUGGUGUAUGAAUUUAAGUUGUAAUUUAAGUCAUGCCUUAUUUAAUAGGGACAGCAAAAAAUUUCAAAUGGGAGCUUUAUUUGUUAUUAUUUUGCUUCAAAUUAAAUAGGGACCUGUUGUUAGAUUUCACAUAUGGAAAUUAUUCCAUGUAGAAUAGCAGUUGGCUGGACAGAUCAAGUUACAUGCAUUGUUCUGGGCUUUCUGAUUUUACUUGUUUUAUUUCUUUCAGAAUGUUUCAUAAAAAGUAUUUAAUACGCUUAAUAGAGAUAUAGUAUUGUCUGAGAGCAAGUGUAGGUCUUGUUUUCGGCUUCCUUUCUGCAAAUAAGAAUGUGUCCUACCUUGUUGUACUAUUUGAUGAUAUUUGCUUUCUGGGAUAGUGGGAGGUGUUAGGACAUUUCAUCCAAACAAAUGUAAUAUGUUAAAAUAUGACCAAGCUGUCAUGAUUUGUUAAUCUUUCCACAUUUUAUUGCACUAAAUAUAAUUAGCAUCUAUCGUC